UAUACAACGAACCAGUCGAAAGAACUAUUACGGUACUAUUGACCUCAAUGGGUGUUGAUAUUCUUCGGCCGAGGUUCUUCGAAUGAUCUUGACGACCUUGAUUGACUUGACCCUAGAAUAUCAAGUUUAUUUUUUACAACAAUCGUGUGCUAUAUAAGAUUUUGCAUCAGCAGAGGCAUUAAUAAGCUUUCCGGUGCAUCCGACGAUCUCAAGAGAUAGUAAGACAAUUUUUCUUUAAAUAAAAUCACUUAUGAUCAUCAAACGCUUGCAGCAGAACCGCCAAAUUUACCUGCUGCUGUUUUUAAUAUAUUUUGGGGUGCUCCAAGGGAAACCCUUGGAAAACUUGGACACUCUUAUCAACUAUGAUGUCAACCUGGACUUGCCCGACGGAUUCCAUUACAGUUUUCGAACAAAUAAAGGUGCUAGUGCAAAAGUGAGAGGGAUAGUGCUGGCCAAAGAUGAUCUGACAAUAGAAGGAAGCUAUGGCUUCAUAACUGACGGAUCCAGUGUUCAAGUGUCUUAUGAAGCUGACGAAAAUGGCUUUAGGCCACACGUGGUGCAAACGAAUUUACCUGAGACGACCCCUGUUGACAAAAGCAUGAGCAGGCCAGAAGUUAUUAUUGGCACUGCUUGUUUGGCUUCUUUGAGUGGUGGAGGUUGUGGUUGAACUGCAUUUAGUAAAUAUAUUUAUCUUAAAAUC